CAGUUGGAGCUCAGAUGGAGGUUUUUCCUCCUGCUGAGGAGAAUCUGACGGCAUGACGACGACUUCCUGAGCGAGAGAGAGAGACAUCCUCCCCUCAGUUUCCACGGUGACAGCAUCCCUCCUCCUCCUCCUCCUCUUCCUCCUCCUUCAUCAUCUCUCCGUCUGUUGACUCGUCAUUGUCGUCAGGAUGGGAGAUAAAGGAACCAGGGUGUUUAAGAAAGCCAGUCCCAAUGGAAAGCUCACCGUCUAUCUGGGAAAGAGGGACUUUGUGGACCACGUAGACCUGGUGGAGCCAGUUGACGGCGUCGUCCUGAUCGACCCAGAGUACCUGAAGGAGAGGAAAGUGUUUGUGACUCUGACUUGUGCCUUCCGAUACGGCCGAGAGGACCUGGACGUCCUCGGGCUGACCUUCCGGAAAGACCUAUUUGUGGCCAACGUACAGGCAUUUCCACCCCCAGCCGAAGAGAAGAAGAGUCUGACUCGUCUUCAGGAGCGGCUGAUCAAGAAACUAGGAGAUCAAGCCUACCCGUUCACCUUUGAGAUUCCUUUGAACCUGCCAUGCUCCGUCACCCUGCAGCCGGGCCCCGAGGACACUGGGAAGGCCUGUGGAGUCGACUUUGAGGUGAAAGCUUUCUGUGCCGAAAAUGUUGAAGAGAAGAUCCACAAAAGGAACUCAGUGCGUCUGGUCAUCCGAAAGGUUCAGUACGCUCCGGAGAAGGCCGGCCCUCAGCCGACGGCAGAAACCACCAGACAGUUUCUGAUGUCCGAUAAACCUCUGCACCUGGAGGCCUCUCUGGACAAAGAGAUUUAUUACCAUGGAGAGCCGAUCAGCGCCAACGUCCACGUCACCAACAAUACGAACAAGACCGUGAAGAAGAUGAAGAUCUCAGUGCGACAGUAUGCAGACAUCUGCCUCUUCAACACGGCUCAGUACAAAUGCCCGGUGGCCACCGAGGAGUCUGAUGACGUCGUCGCUCCCAGCUCGACGUUCUGCAAAGUUUUCACCCUCACUCCGUUUUUGGCCAACAACCGAGAGAAACGAGGCCUCGCUCUGGACGGCAAACUGAAGCACGAGGACACCAACCUGGCCUCCAGCACCCUGUUGAGAGAUGGAGCCAACAAGGAGAUCCUCGGCAUCAUCGUGUCCUACAAAGUCAAAGUGAAGCUGGUGGUGUCAAGAGGCGGGCUCCUGGGAGAUCUGGCGACUAGUGACGUCUCCGUGGAGCUGCCGUUCACAUUGAUGCACCCGAAGCCGCCAGAAGAGUCUGUCUACAGGGACGCUCCUGAUGAAGCUCCGAUCGACACAAACCUGAUUGAGUUUGACACAAACGAUGAUGACAUAAUCUUCGAAGACUUUGCUCGCCAGCGGCUGAUUGAUGGAGCGAAGGAAGACAAGGAGGAAGACGAGGAGCCGGUGGACUCGCCCAAACUGGAUGACAGAUAAAGGCCCGCCGCGCCGCUGUCGUCUCGCCGCUGUUGGCGGCGUGGAGCUGGUGGAGGUCGUCCAGACGCCCUCCAAACACCCGGCGAUGCCGUGUUUGUGUCCCUGUUGAUGUCCGACUUUCCUGCGUCCUGCCGGAGGUGUAAAAAAAGCUAGAUUCCCGCCGCCCAGUUUUGUCUCCCCGAGGGAGGCGGCUCCUCCGCCCCCACCAACCCCCCCGGGCGGCUGGCCAGAUGCUCGACCUGGGCGGUGGACGUCACGGCGGCCAACAGCAUGCCUCCAAAAUGUCCUUUUGUCCUACGUGUCUCCACUAGGGAGCGAGCCGGAGUAACGUUGUGUCCAGACUAGUUUUGUGUGUCAUGUCAGAGGGUCUUCCUUAAGCUCUCUAGAACAGUUUAGCCAUGGAACCGCCGGGAGAACCCGGAGGCCGUCAGAGGGAGGGAUCCAUUGGCCGGUAGGAGCCGGUGGGCGAGUGCUUCUUUGUACGGUUUGUUAAUAUCACCAUCAUCAGACCUCUGCAGGACGGACCGUGGACUCACCCUCACUGUCCCUGAACCGGACGCCUCCUCCUCACGUCCCCCGGGAAGCAGGGGGACCACUUUGUGUCCUUUAAUCAUCAUAAGAACAGUUGUUAAGAUUAGAUCACUGGGAAUGACCGUGUAGAUCCACUGGCGGAAUGUUUUACGAUGUACACAAUAGAUAGUUAGCUAGCAGUUACCGGGUUGAUUUCAUAAAGCCUCUGGUGGAAAUAAUAUACAACUAACGUUCAACAUGUUGAAUCUUGUUGUUUAUGAUGCUGCUGAAGCGAAACCGAAGAAUCAAUACCAAUCUGAAAUUACAACAUGGAUUCAUCUAUUCAUCCACCUUUGUGAUUAGCUAGCUCACGUAUCUCACGUAUCUUCACCAAGAUCAAACAUUCAAACACAUUUAUUUAAUCCCCUCAUUUCUCUUUUUGAAGUGAAGGAAUUUUGUUUAGCUGCUCUGAAGGAGGAAUUUAAUAAAAAUAAAGUAUAUCUAAUCUAUUUUUAAUGAUUCUUAAAAUUAUCAGUUGAUAUUUGUAAAUAAAAAGUGCAAAAACACUAGAAUGGUCCUUUGAUGGACUGUUGUGGUUGAAUGGAAUUAAGACGACUUUUAUUUAACAAAAUACGUCUUUAAUCUCAGAAUCCAGGUGUUUGCGUGUGUGUGUGUGUGUGUGUGUGUGUGUGUGUGUGUGUGUACCUGAAUGAACUGUGACAUCACAGGAUAUUGUUUUUAACAAUAUUUGGAUAAACAUUUAUUUUGACAGGGUAUGUUAUUCCAAUCAGUUGGUCAUUUUAUAUACCGCUAAUCCAUAAACGCCAUAAAUGGAGGGGGGCUGGAUUCAUUCCCAGCUAACAUUGGCGAGGGACAAGGUUCCCCCUGGAACAGUCGCCAGUCAAUUGCAUGUUAUUCUAUGUUAUUCCACUGCAUCAUUAAUAAAAGGACGUUUAUGGCUA